AUGGAGCCAGGGGAGGAGCCAUGUCCUCCCCAGGACCCGGGUGACCGGGACGUCCUUGCAGAGACCUGCACAGGUGCCGUGAUGCGAGCCUGCAGUGAUGGUCGCCCAAAUGGCUGCAUCAACCUACUGGGUCUCCUGGAGGAUAGCAGGAUGGCACGAAAGCCCUACCGCUGCACCGAAUGUGGGAAAACCUUCAGCCUGAGCUUCAACCUCAUCCAGCACCAGCGGACCCACACAGGUGAGCGACCCUUCACUUGUGGCCAAUGCAAGAAGAGCUUCAGCCACAGCUCCACCUUGGUUGGACACCUCCGGACCCACACUGGUGAGAAGCCCUACAUCUGCCCAGUCUGUGCCCGUGCCUUCAGAACCAGCUCCACCUUGACCAAACAUCGUCGCACCCACACUGUUGAGGCACCCUAUGGCACUCCUGAGUGUGGGAAGACCUUUGGAUGGACCUCCAACCUGGUUGUGCAUCUUCGGACCCACACCGGGGAGAAGCCCUACAGCUGCAGGAGCUGUGGAAAGACCUUCAACCAGAGCUCUGACCUGGUCACGCAUCUCCGGACCCACACUGGGGAGAAACCCUAUGGCUGCGGGCACUGUGGGAAAACCUUCAGCCGCAGCUCCAACCUGCUCCAGCAUGAGAGGACCCACACAGGGGAGAAGCCCUUCUCCUGUGGGCAAUGUGGGAAGCGUUUCAUGUACCAGACCCGGUUGGCAUCCCACCAAUGGACCCACACUGACGAGAAGCCCUACCAAUGUGGGGAGUGUGGGAAGACCUUCGGGCAGAGCUUCAGCCUCAUCCGGCACCAGCGGACCCACACAGGUGAGCGACCCUUUGCUUGUGGUCAAUGCGAGAAGAGCUUCACCCACAGCUCUGCCUUGGUUGGGCACCUCCGGACCCACACAGGUGAGAAGCCCUACGUCUGCCUGGUCUGCACCCGUGCCUUCAGAACCAGGUCUACCUUGACCGAGCAUUGCCGCACCCACACCGGUGAGACACCCUAUGCCUGUCCUGUGUGCGAGAAGACCUUUGGAACCAGCUCCAACCUGGUCACGCAUCUCCGGACCCACACCGGGGAGAAGCCCUACAGCUGUGGGAGCUGUGGGAAGACCUUCAACCAGAGCUCCAACCUGGUCACGCACCUCCGGACCCACACUGGGGAGAAGCCCUACAGCUGUGGGCACUGCGGGAAGACCUUCAGCCGCAGCUCCAACCUGCUCCAGCAUGAGAGGACCCACACAGGGGAGAAGCCCUUCUCCUGCAGGCAAUGUGGGAGGAGAUUCAGCCUCAGCUCCAACUUGCUUAAGCAUGAGAGGACCCACACGGGAGAGAAGCCCUUCUCCUGCGGGCAAUGUGGGAAGCGCUUCAAGGACAAGACCCACCUGGUUUCCCACCAACAGACCCACGCUGGUGAGAAACCCUACACCUGCCUGGUCUGCACUGAUGCCUUCAGAACCAGCUCCGCCUUGGCUGAGCAUCACCACAUCCACACUGGCAAGAUGUUCUACUACACCUGCACCGAGUGUGGGAAGACCAGCAGAUGGAUCCCCAACCAAGUCAGCCAUCUCCAGACCAACACCGGGCAGAACCUCUAUGACUGCGAGCACUGCAGGAAGACCAUCAGCCUCAGCUCCAACCUGAUCAAGUGCAGAGGGACUGAACCAGAGGAGAGGCUGUUCUCCUGCAGGCAGCGUGGGGAGGCAUUUCAAGAGGAAGGCCAGCUUG